AUGAGUUUCCUGCACACAUGGCUUCUGUUCACUCUAGUGAGAGCUGCUGACCCUCCCUGUAGCUUAAGAGGCCCAUCUAAUCCUCCUCAGCUCAGUAGAGAUGGGGAUGUCAUGAUCGGAGGAAUCUUUUCCUUUCACAACAGCUGGGACCAGGCAACACACACGUUCACAUCAGGACCACAGCAACCGAAAUGCAAGAGUUUGAGCCUCAGAGAAUUUCAGAAUGCACAAACAAUGGUAUUUGCUAUUGAAGAAAUCAACAACAGAACAGAUAUUCUUCCUGAUGUCAGUUUGGGUUACAGAAUCUAUGACUCCUGUGGAUCAGUAGAAAUGGCAAUAAGAGCCUCCUUGUCUUUAACUAAUGGCUACAGACAGAGCCUGUCCUGCUCCGGAACUGAAACAGUGCAAGCAAUAAUAGCCGAAACAUCAUCCACCCCCACUAUUGCCAUAUCUGCCACAGUGGGACCUUUACAUAUGCCUGUGAUCAGUCACUUUGCAACAUGUGCAUGUCUAAGUGACAGAAAAAAACACCCAUCUUUCUUCAGAACAGUUCCUAGUGAUUACUAUCAGAGUCGAGCCUUGGCCAAGCUGGUCAGCCAUUUCGGCUGGACAUGGGUAGGAGCUUUGUGCAGUGAUAAUGACUACGGAAACAAUGGCAUGAACACAUUCAUUAGUGCAGCCAAAGAAGAGGGAGUUUGCAUUGAGUUUUCUGAAGCAUUCUUUAGGACUGACCCUAGAGAGAACAUUCUGAGAAUAGUUGAUAUAAUCAAGAGUUCAAGCUCCAAAGUGAUUGUAGCCUUUGUCUCAUAUUCUGACAUGGAGGUUCUUCUAAAGGAAAUGGCUUUGCAGAACAUCACUGGAUUGCAGUGGAUUGGAAGUGAAUCCUGGAUCUCUGAUAUGAAUAUUGCCACUACUGAAUGGCAACAUAUUCUAAGAGGGUCCAUGGGUUUCGCUAUCCCAAAGGCAAAAAUCUAUGGUCUGGGAGAAUUCUUGACCAAGCUUAACUCUUCCUCUGAAGUAGAACUUUAUAAAGAGUUGUGGGAGACGAUAUUUGAAUGUAAACUUGCCACAGAAGAAAAUGCUGGGAUGAAAGAGAUAUGUAAAGGCAAUGAAAACCUCAGUGAAGUGCAGAACCAAUAUACAGACGUUUCAGAGUUGCAAAUUGCAAAUAACGUUUAUAAGGCAGUGUAUGCUGUUGCUUAUGCCCUGGAUAAAACAUAUAACUGUUCAAAAAGAGAGAGUGGACAGGAAAGUGUUAAUGUGUGCACAAAUAAAACACAUAAUCAUCAACCUUGGCAGGUACUCAGUGAACUGAAGAAACUCCAUUUCUCCACAACAACCAACGAAGAAGUAUACUUUGAUGAAAACGGAGACCCAGCUGCAAAGUAUGACCUCCUAAACUGGCAGCAAAGCAAGGAUGGUAAAAUAACAUUUGUUAAAGUGGGUUUCUAUGACGCCUCUCUGCAAGCACAUCUUCAGAUUUCAUUUAACAACAUUAGUGUAAUCUGGGCCAACAACAACCACCAGGUGCCAAUUUCUGUUUGUACUGAGAGCUGCCCCCCAGGCACCAGGAAGGCUGUGCAGAAGGGAAAGCCUGUUUGCUGCUAUGAUUGCAUACCGUGUGCAGAGGGAGAAACCAGUAAUAUGACCGAUUCAGUAACCUGUGUCAAGUGCCCACCAGACCUCUGGUCUAAUGACAAAAAAGAUAAAUGCAUCUUGAAGCUGGUUGAAUUCCUAGCAUUCGAGGAAAUAAUGGGAAUCACUCUAGCGCUAUUUUCUUUGUUAGGUGUAUGUAUCACCAUGGGCAUUGCUGUUGUGUUUUUUGCACAUAAGGACACACCAAUUGUUAGAGCAAAUAACUCAGAGCUGAGCUUCCUUCUGCUCUUCUCACUGACUCUGUGUUUCCUCUGUUCACUUACUUUCAUUGGUCGGCCCUCUGAGUGGUCCUGUAUGCUGCGCCACACAGCGUUUGGGAUCACCUUCGUCCUCUGCAUCUCCUGUGUUCUGGGAAAAACAAUAGUGGUGUUAAUGGCCUUCAGAGCUACACUUCCAGGCAGUAAUGCCAUGAAAUGGUUUGGUCCUCCACAGCAGAGACUCAGUGUUCUUGCUUUCACUCUCAUACAGGUCCUUAUUUGUGUUCUUUGGUUAACAAUAUCGCCUCCUUUUCCGUACAAGAACAUGAACUACUACAAAGAAAAGAUAAUAUUAGAAUGCAAUCUAGGUUCUGCAGUAGGCUUCUGGGCUGUGCUGGGUUAUAUAGGAUUAUUGGCUCUUUUGUGUUUUGUUUUGGCUUUUCUUGCACGGAAGCUGCCUGAUAACUUUAAUGAAGCCAAGUUCAUCACAUUCAGCAUGCUCAUAUUCUGUGCAGUUUGGCUCACUUUUAUCCCAGCUUAUGUCAGCUCUCCUGGAAAGUUCACUGUAGCUGUAGAGAUUUUUGCUAUUUUAGCAUCUAGUUUUGGUUUAUUACUCUGCAUAUUUCUCCCCAAGUGUUACAUAAUUAUACUAAAACCAGAGAAAAACACUAAAAAACAAAUGAUGAGUAAAGCAUCUGUUAAAUGA